AUUGGGGACAAAUGACAAACACAGAAAACAAAGAUAAACUCGUAUCAAAAAUCAAACUGUGACCUUAAUGAUCAAGUUUUAUGUCUAUUUCAACUUGAUUCCCAAAAGUUGCAGCCGGCAUUAAAUUGGUUUAACAGGUUAUAAUGCAAAUAAAUUCGAUUUUAAAAUUUUCUCCGACCAAUUGACUGAGAUUAAAGGAAAGUUGCUAAAAAGAAGAGCGAAGUUGAUUUGGAACCUUAUGACGCUGCGAAGUAAUUUCUGGGGGCUGUUUCGUUUGACACCUAUGUUUACCUCCACUCAUAAACUGUUUAGUUUUAUAUUCUCGCGAGUCAUUCUCUACUCUGACGAGAGCUCCUUACAAUCCCGGUCUAUUUAAUCGUUCGGUUGAAUUCAAAUGGUCGAAAAUAUUUGAUCAUGAUCGCCAGUUGCUUUGAUAAUGAGCUGCUUUCUUUGAAGCUGAAUGUCAUGAUUUCGACGCCAUGUUCUUCUUUCGACAACAAUAAGAACGCUUACCGCUCCUUAAAACGUUCAAUCGAAGAGACGUAUCUGUCUGUGCUGCUAAGUAGUAAGUUAAGCAGUUAUAAAAUUCAUGCAACCCGUUCAUGCCGCGCUGUGUAAUGAUUGGUGUCCUUUGUUGUUGUUAGUAACUACCACAAAUACGCUUCCUUUCUCCACUUUGGAUUACCCGGGUGUCGACCCAACCCACGGACCAUUAAGCCCUCUUCCACUGCAAUCUUUAUCCAGUCUGCCAUUGUAUUCAACUUAAUACACGUUCGCUACCGUCUGUGAAAUCCCGAAGAGAACUAUUACGACCUGACCGAGCACUCAGAGUUGUGAUUAUUUUCGUGGAUUCAUUAUUACCAACCCUGUCUGCUCCUCAAGAGUCACGGUUUAUAACAUUGAUACUGGCAGACAAUUACUCUUUGAUAAUGAGCCCUGCCCAUUUUUCUGUUUUAUUCUUAAUUGAAUACCCUGUUUUAUGAUUGAGUGAAACAUAAUAUACUGAACUGCGCUCCUUCAUAUUAUUAUGUUCAUUUAAGGAUUUUAGAUCUUAUGAAUCGAUGGCCGCUCCAGAUAUAUUGUUAUCAUGACAUGCGAAUGGUAAUGUUGUUUACUCUAAUCGUCUGUUUUUUUUUUUUGCUGGAAAUCGGUUUCUCAUUAUUUCUGAAUCUUAAUAUUCCAUGUGUUUUUCCGUAGUGAAACAUUAACACCAGUAAUAAUUGCUGUCUUGCUUCUAGUAGUGCAAUUGUGUCGAGAGAGUUAAGUUUAAUUGAGUUCUGACUCCGAUUGCGAAUCUGGCUGUGAGCGAAUUGUUCUUGCUCUUCUGUUUGCCAAAUACUUGUCGUAUUAAGAGUCAAAGAGAGAAAUCAAAAAGAAGAGAAGCUAGAAGCACUGGUAGUAAUUGUGGAAAUGUUUCGUGGUUCCAAUUAGGUAUUACCAUGUCCUGUUGUGUUCGCGUCUCUUCGUCUUAAUGAUACCAACAUCCAUGGGAAGUGCAAUCAGGUUCGCACCAGGUGCAACAACAAAACAUACCAUUCAAAUCAACACAAUAUUACAUAAUCACUGGCGUACAUUUCUUUAUGAACCAAUUUUGGCCUCUGAUUUUAUCUAUCAAGAUAAAGAAUAUUGUAGAGAUCGAGAUAAGAAUUUGGUUGAAUGUGUCCCGCCUCGUCUAAAUUAUUUUAUUGAAACGCAUUUUUAAUUGAUUCACAAUCACCUUUUACAAUUAUUACUACUCGAAUCGAUUCAAUUUUACCAUUUGAACUGCAAAGUGUAUUACGUUCACAUUGCAUUACCAUUGUUCGAUUCUAAAGCACACUACUGUAGUUUGAUCGACUGAAAUCAAUUCGCCUUACCACAGCGGACGUCGCACACCUGUUUAACACAGCUUACUGUGCAUCACAUCUGUGACGCCGAUUGACUAGCAGCCGCUCUGCUUCAAGUUCUAUUGAGCCAUCAAAUAGUAAAUUUUAUCUCACACUGAAUCAAACAGUCGAGUGGGGGUCUGAAUUUAUUGUCGACGUAUAUGUACUCGCAUUGAUGUCAAACCUAUUUUGAUCAAUUAUUUUUCUACUGCUCUCUUAAGUUGAGCAUGCUUCGCCUAAUAUCAUUGAUGCUGCAAACGUCGAACCUCCUUAAAAUACAGGAUAUAUUACAGAUUGUCUAGUGACUUCUCUGUGCUACAAACUAAAUUAUAAUUCAGUGAGAUUUAUUGGCGGCCGAGGUUUUUCUACAGCAAUGACUGGUCGACUAAGAACGGGUCCUGAGAGCGCAGGUUAUGAGAGGUGUCCAUCUCUCUCCUCUGUGGAAUGGGACCGAGACAAGGAGAUCCUGGUUAGAACUCACAAUCAACAGAGAACGGACGAUGCGCAACAAGCAAACAUAUCACAAACACGACAACCGCAAUCGUCUCGCCCGCCGGAACAAGGGGCGAACAUCAAACAGAUGCAAAAAACGUCGGAGUUUGAUAGGAACAAUCAGACACAGGGUACAAAUGUCGCUCGUAAGAGUCAUUCCAAUUCUACGCACAACAACAAUCACAAUUCCACCCAGCAAUCGAAGAGCAACCAUAGAAAUUCUGGAGUCCCAGCUGUGCCUGCAACGAGAACCAGGCAACAUCAGCUAAACAAGCAAAACAGACAAAAACAGAGAGAAAGACCUAAAAGCAUGUAUGAGAGAGGAUCGCUUUCGUACUACCCAGACGCAGACGAAUAUGAAGAUGACAGCGACGAAGAGGUGUCCACAAUGAACAAUAGAUUAGGAGUAACAGCUGACAUGUAUUCGAUGGCGACGUGUCUGACAUCAUGCGAUGACCUCUACUCGUUACAUGCUUACAACAAUCAGCAAGAACAUGAGAAGUCGAGGUUACGAUUCUCGGUACCCUAUAGUUUACUAUCGUCGCUUUCCUCAGAGAAUUUCCCGGUACCACCAUCCACUCCAUCAUCAUCAUCGGUGCUAACAACCCAUACCUCAACGCCUGCACCCUCACAACCCCAGCAGACAAAAUCUUCACACGAUCUACUUCAUUGUCAACCAGUAGUCCAAAAGCACCAGGAGCAAGCGUAUCAAAACUAUGGAAAUUAUUGUAGUGCUUCGAGUAGCGUGCGCAUGAGUUCGCAGACACAGUCGAAACCAGUGGAAAAUAAAUGCAAUUGUUACUCCUCUUCCGACUCAAAGGCGCAAUUUGCGAAUCAAAUGCAACAACAUGGAUGUAUCGCAACGCGAUACCUCUGUCCAUACUGUCAUAUGCAAUUCAGCUCUUCGACUGGUGGAAAUCUCCCUUCUAGAUUGAUGGGACUUCCAGGUGGAAGACAAAGACCCCAACGCAAGAAAAAGAAGAAACCCUUCCAGAGACGCGUCAACGGCAGGGCCAAUUCGUUCAGCAGUAUCACCGAUUCAACAAUGUCGCUCAACAUCAUUACAGUUACACUCUCCAUGGAAACGACCAGCUUUCUGGGCAUCUCCAUAGUAGGACAGACACACAAGCAGGGUGACGGUGGUAUCUACGUCGGCACAAUUAUGCCCGGCGGCGCAGUAGCACAGGAUGGAAGAAUAGAGCCGGGAGACAUGAUCCUACAAGUUAACGAGUACUCUUUUGAAAACAUGAGCAAUGACGACGCUGUCAAGAUUCUGCGAGAUGUCGUGGUACGCCCUGGACCCAUCAAGCUAGUGGUAGCAAAAUGCUGGAACCCAAACCCUCAGUCUUACCUUUCACUGCCCAAGGCCAAUGACCAUAUGUCCCAGCAGCUGCGCUCUACAGCUGGAGAUCCGCAGUCUUGGGUUGAACAGGCCAGUCGCAUGAUGAACUACAAGGGCGGUGGUCCUGGGGGAGGUGGCAGUGGGCCAAUUAGUCCCUCGCUUGCCUCAGUCACUUCAGACGGGUCUCUGUCCUCUUCUCUCCCUGAAAGCAGCAUAAUCUAUCCCGGUCGAGCAGACAGCACGAAUUACCUACUGGCUGCAAUCACAGGUGCGCCCCCACCCAGUGCAUCAGGAGCCCCCACGUUCUCUGGUGGAGGUCCCGGAGGUCAAAUGGGAAACAUGAUAUCCGGCGGAGGCAGUGGGGGAGGAUCAGUUGGCACUCCUGGAAGCGGAGGACCUGGUCAGAUGGUUGGACCAAACGGGACUCCGAUUUUUGGGAUGAGCAGUGCAGAUUACCACCAGCAACAGCAGCAGCAGGAAAAUAUGGGAGGGGCAAUGGGGAUGGGAAUGAUAGGUGGACAUCAUUUAUCAACCAAGACAGACGUGCUCACUGUAUUGCGUGCGGUCCAAAUGCCCAACUCUGGUCUGGAGAUCAAGGACAGGAUGUGGCUCAAGAUCACCAUUCCUAACGCCUUCCUAGGCCACAGCCUUGUGGACUGGCUGUUCGAGCACCUGGAUGGCUUCUCUGUGAGGAGAGAUGCACACAAGUAUGCAAGCAGACUACUCAAAGAUGGCUUCAUCAAACACACCACGGGAAAGGCCUCAUUCUCCGAACAGUGCUACUACAUUUUCAACAGCGAACACGCUAUCACCAAUAUGAACAAUUUGUCCUACCCUGGAGACAACAGUAAUGCAGGCGCAAAUCUGAAGCAGCGUGAGAGAGAUCCCCUGGAGGUUGACGAGGAAAACGACGUGCUAGCACCCCUGCCCUAUGCAAGUCCAUGGGGAGCACCGCAGUACAUGGGCUACCAGCCUAGGACAGCCGGCUACCAAGGCAACCAGCCCUUGCCUCCACCACCUAUGGGACACCCGGGCGCAGGACCACAAGGAGCAUUCACCGUCAAUGAACUAGACUCGUUUGGCCCAAUGGGGAUGGGCGGAAUGAGUCAUCAACAGAUGCCUAUGGUGUCCUCGGCACAGCAGCAACAAUUGAUGAGCAACGGAGGUCACUCUAGUCCGGCCGGCAAGCCAAUGGCCACUAAUGGUAGUAGUAACUCUUCCAACAGAAGUGGCGUGGGACAGAAUCACUCUCACUCGCACAACGGAAACAGAGCAGCUUCAGGCGGCACAGGCAGCAGCAACAAAAUACCCCUAUGCGGUGGAGGAGGGGGUCUCUCGGACUCGUUAAGUGACCUGGACUGUAGUGCCUCCCAACGCAUGGGUCCAACACACUCCAAUAGUUCAGAAUAUUUUGUGGACCCCAUGUGAACGAAUGGGAACAAAGUUAUCAUCAUCUAGUUUUAAAUUGUGCUCUAAAUUGGCAGAAAGUGAAGGUUAUUUCUACCUUUUACGCUUAGUGAUUUCUGACCAGGAACAAUAGUUGCAUACUAUUCGAAGAACUCUGAUCGCACAGUCAAAACCUAUACCUCCGUUUCCAUCAGCAUCGAACUCCUAUCAGAUACUAAACCAUCUCUACCAAAAAAGCAGCUGCGAACAUCACAAGACCAAACUCGAAGAUAUAAAAGCCACUUUAUGCAAUUUAAUUGUUAAUUUUAAUCUGCCUGAACCUAACGGUCUGAUGUGCAAUCGAACCAUGUUGCUCCCGAACUCCCUUCUUUUUGUGUGGUGUGGUGUGUAUUUGUGCCCAUCUUCUGUCAUCAGCGUGAUCUGUCCUCUUCCCUCCUGUUCUUUCAGUUGCACCCCCUCCCCUUCUAUUCUACCCCCCCCCCUUCUGCUAAAAAAACCAAAAGACUGAAUACUCGGAUCAAAAAGUGAUUAUCAACAGCACAUUAUGCAUAGUUAUUUAAAAAAUAGUUCCGCCAUGUUUUUUAAUAUUGUUUACAUGCAGUGCAGUGCUUAUCUACUCCAGAUGAAAUACUAAAGAGUGACUUAUGGUAAAUUUAACUUCUCUUGCUAAGACGUUACUGUACUCCCUCAGUCCCCAGCCAGUGAUGAAUUAACCUCUCCCAAUUUUUCUGUCAUUGUCUGUUUGACUGCUCAAUUGACCAAUGCAGGGUAUCUUUAUACAAUUAUAUUCUAAUCUAAUCUAUUAUCUUCCUCUAUUUUGUAGCAACUAACUCAUCCCGCUCUUUCUUAACCUUUUCUCGUGCACAUUGCCUCACUCUAUGACCUUUAAUUUGACCUCGGUUGAAUUUGUUUUAGCGCCUGGUGACGACGAAUCUAAUGAUGUCGCAAGUCCUAGAAUUAAAUUACCUGCUCUGUGUGUAAUUCGUCCUGAAACAGUCUGCGUGACGCGGAGAAUUUUUAGGGGCACAAGUUUUUUUCUUUCUUACCCUGCUCCUCUCUAUUCCCAUCGUCGCAAAUCAACCCUAUUUUCUUUUGUAUCGGUAUGUUUGCGCAGUGAGUGAAUUUGCAUUUUAAUCCUCUUCAACGAAUCGCAUGCAGCAAAGCAUUUUCAUAGACUUAAUUAUUAAAUAAUUUUGUAUUUAUUUCAUAGAAUAGCAAUUCAAAUUUCCACAGCUCA